AUGGAGAUCAAGCUAUGGUUCUGUUUAAUCUUGCUUUCCGCGAUUACGACCUCGGCUUUGGGGGAAUUUGGAGGAACAUUAAUGGAAGGUUUCUACAAAGAAAGUUGCCCAUUAGCAGAAGAAAUCGUGAAGCAUAACGUUGAGGUUGCUGUUCUCCGAGAUCCUCGAAUGGCUGCUUCUCUUCUUCGUCUUCAAUUCCACGACUGCUUUGUCUUGGGUUGUGAUGCGUCUGUGCUCUUGGACACACAUGGAGAUAUGUUGAGUGAGAAACAAGCAACUCCUAACCUAAACUCAUUACGUGGGUUCGAAGUUAUCGAUUACAUAAAGUACCUCCUCGAAGACGCUUGCCCUCUAACCGUCUCUUGUUCCGAUAUCCUCGCCAUGGCAGCUCGUGAUUCCGUCUUCCUGAGAGGUGGACCAUGGUGGGAAGUUUUACUAGGGAGAAGAGACUCAUUAACAGCAAGCUUCAGCGGCGCAAACCAAUUUAUCCCGGCACCAAACUCUUCCCUAGAAAGCCUUAUUGUCAAUUUCAAGCAACAGGGGCUCGGCAUUCAAGAUCUCAUCGCUCUUUCAGGUGCUCAUACAAUAGGUAAAGCAAGAUGCUUGAGCUUCAAGCAACGCAUCGUUCAACCAAACAUGGAACAAACAUUCUACGUCGAUGAGUUCAAAAGACACAGCACAUUCCGACGAAUCCUAAGAUCACAAUGCAAAGACUCGAGCCGCGACAACCAACUUUCACCAUUGGAUUUGAAGACUCCAGCGUACUUUGAUAAUCAUUAUUACAUAAAUCUUUUAGAGGGAAAAGGGUUGUUGAUUUCUGACAACGUUCUUGUCAGUGAAGAUCAUGAAGGAGAGAUCUUUAAGAAGGUUUGGGAAUAUGCAGCUGAUAAAGAUCUCUUCUUCUUAGAUUUUGUGGAAUCAAUGUUGAAAAUGGGUAAUAUUAAUGUUCUUACUGGUAUUGAAGGUCAAAUUAGAGAGAAUUGUAGAUUUGUCAAUAUCUAA